AUCGAGCGGGGCCGUGUUUACAGUGUGAAAAUGUCACUAAUAUAACUGAAGAGUGCACUCUGUUUACAAAGGCUUGCGAGGUAUGUUUUCUGGAGAGAAACACGUACAACAACACCUAUUACUACACAUUGGGAUGCGCCGACAAACGGCAAUCCUCUUGUCUUAAUAAAACAAGGCGUUCCCUGGAAGACAUCAUGGCGGUAUCCAGAUAUGAUCGCAGAAACAACAUGGCUGAAUCUAGUCCCCCAAGUAUUUCUAACACAGAAAAGACAAUGGCGGUAACAACUAGAGCUAUGAAAAUACCAACAGCGCCGGCAAAUGCAACAGGAUCAUAUAAUACAACAACCAACAACUACGCAACAAGUACAAUAUUGGAAUCAGCAAACACGACAACAACAGUUGCACCAGCAAACACGACAACAACAGUUGCACCAGCAAACACGACAACAACAGUUGCACCAGCAAACAAGACAACAACAGUGGCAUCAGCAAACACAACCGCUCGACCAGCUGCAACAACAACAAAAAAACCUGAGCCAGUCAAAGAAGAAAGCUGCUGUCAAAUAUGUACCAAUACGCUUGGUGACAUAGUUUGUAACGAUGAGUUGUUCAAAUGCCAACCCGGAGCGUGUUACGACGAAAUAGGAUCCCAUGGAUGCCAAGUAAUUCUUGACAAGGACUACUGUAGCAACAAAACAAACGCCAAGAAGACGUGUAAACUGUCAUGCCAACUUUGUGAUUUGGUGGACGGAAACUGGGCAGCCUGGGAACAGUGGGGGGAUUGUAGCGUCUCGUGUAACAACGGAACACGUUUGCGCAUGCGCAACUGCACUGACCCCGCCCCAGAAAACGACGGAGAAGAAUGUCAUGGUAACAGUACCGAGACCGAAGAUUGCAGCGGGGGAGAUAGAUGUCCAGCGGACGGUGAAUGGGGUACAUGGAGCAGGUGGACUGGAUGUAGCAAGACAUGUGGGGUGGGGAUGCGUCACCGGGACCGCAAUUGCGACGACCCUUAUCCCGAAGCCGACGGUCUGUUCUGUCUGGGCGAGGCGAGGGAGUACGAAAUCUGCUACAACAAAUCUUGCGAAGACGGCCACUGGGAUGCCUGGAGCGACUGGGGAACAUGCAGUACCACGUGUGGUUUCGGCUACAUUUCCAGGACCAGAAAUUGUUCAGUGCCUUCUCUCUUCGGACACGCAUGCCUUGGGGAGUCGAAGCAGACAAUAAUGUGUGUCAUUGAUUGCAAUGAUGGUCUGUGGGAUGAUUGGAGUUCAUGGGGCACGUGUAGUCGCACAUGCGGAGUGGGCCAGAUGUCACGUGACCGGAACUGCAACAGCAAUGGCAUACUUGGACGUUCGUGCGUUGGCAAGGACUCGGAAACUGUUCUGUGUCACAGCGAGGCUUGCGAAAAGGAAAUAUCUGCCUUUGCUGUAAAGGGUAUCGCUAAGGAAGGCCCACGGAACGGCAGCAUUGUUCUGACAAUAGUGCUGACAAAUGACGGAGAGGAUUAUGACAAAGAAACUGGCAUCUUUAACUGCUCUAUACCAGGCUUGUACAGCUUCUUCGUGAGUAUCGAGAAACAAAUGGGUGUGAAUCAGGCGUACUGCGCGUUGAUGGUCGACAAUGAACCGAAAAUACACAUAGCGUCCCGCAGCGCCUUUGAUAACUCACAAUCUUACCAGCAAGCUAGCAACUCCGUGGUGCUGGAUUUGAAAGCUGGUGACGAGGUCUACCUGGGCAGGUGCUCGGCUCCUACGACCAUGACACAGGAAACCACGUUCAGUGGCGUGCUCAUGGUGGCACAUGACUAGGCAGACAGUCUAUUGUGAUUGGAGGAUGGUGUAUAAUACUUUAUGAAUGUUAGUUUCAAACCACGUCAGGCGCUGUUUUAUUUUUAAGCGUUAUGACAAUCAGUGUUUAUAUUUUUCCUAAAUAAGGCUACAUUGAACCAAUGUUAACUGUAUUUAAGUGUAUUUUACUGCUGUGUGAGUGGUUGAGCCCUGCUCCGUUUCACGAUUGUAAAGACUAUUUGUGAGUUAAUGGCUUUGACUUGGUGAUGUCGUUAUUUAAAUCAGAGACUAGUUGGCGCAUUAUUCAAUGCCAUUGAUAUUCCAUUCGAAACUUUUGGAUUAAAACGAAGUGGCAAUAUAUUAUAUACGUCAUAAAUAUAUAUUUUACACGUUGAGACUGCAAUAUUAGUUCAUCUGCCAAAUUAAACAGUUUUGAAGGGAUGGCUCAAAACUAUCUGGAAGUUGAUAGAAUAAGACACUGUGUACUAUUACCGUUUAGAGUUAUUCACUUGCAAUUGUUAAACAAUUCCUUUAAAUCUGACCGGAACUAACUCUAAUUUACCGAAAGAAAGGCUCACUUUGUUCAUGUUGUUUUCAUGCAUUAAAAAUACUGUAUGUACA